AACCGUACCUCCGAAGUAAAGAUUCUUCGGUUCAGAAAGAUGAAGACACCAAUUGUUUCUACAAGAGCUUGGUCUGAUAAAGGCCUCAACUUGCAAUGCAACGGGGUCAGAUUAUUGAAAGAAAACAUUUUGCAAAUGAGCAGGUUAGGAGAGACUCUACCGCGGUGGAAGCUACCACGAUUUUUGCUUUUCACACUUGAACACAUAUCUGAUCACCAGAGAACAGCAUCAUUCAGCUUCAAGAAGGCAUUUGUUCUUGCAAACACUUUGAUGCUCAUUCUUCCUCUUGAUGCUGUGGCAGAAACAUGUGAGGCUGAUAACUCUGUUAUGAGCAUGCCUCUAUUACUCGGUGUAGCCCUCAUAGGGGCUGCUGUUGGGGGAGUGCUAGCACGAGAAAGAAGAGGUGAAUUAAAGCAUUUAAACAAUCAGCUACGCCAAAUCAAUGCAGCACUAAGACGACAAGCAAAGAUAGAAUCCUAUGCUCCCAACUUGAGCUAUGCACCUGUAGGCAGAGUCUCGGAGGCCGAGGUUAUUGUAGAUCCUAGAAAACAACAACUAAUGACAAAGCUGAGAACUGGGAAGAAUUACUUGAGGAAUCAAGAUCCAGAGAAAGCUUUUCCAGAGUUCAAGGCAGCUCUCGAGCUUGCACAGGAUAUUGGGGACCAUGUCGAGGAAAAGAAGGCAGCAAGAGGCUUAGGAGCAUCACUGCAGAGACAAGGGAAAUACAAGGAUGCUAUAAAAUACCACUCUAGGGUUUUGGAGUUAUCAAAACAAGUUGGUGAGGACUCCGGCACUACAGAGGCUUAUGGCGCAAUAGCUGAUUGUUAUACGGAGCUCGGAGAUCUUGAGCGAGCUGCGAAGUUCUAUGACCAAUACAUAGCAAGACUGCAAAAGGAUUGGCCAACCUAAGCGUUGGAUGCUUCCUUUGCUGUUUUAUAGGAAGUUGGUGCUAGCUGGGCUCUCAAGAGUAUGAUACUUGAUAUGUUAGAUGAUGAAUGCGGCAUUUCCUUUUUUGGCUACUGAUACUCCGUUUUCUUUGGUUUUUAACCUCUGGCGGGUGGCAGAUUUUUGCUUAUUUAUACAAGAUAACGUCUUGUUUGCA